CUACUAGAGAUCUUCGUUUAUUAUAAUGAAAGCAAUUUAUUUGCAGCAUACGUUUUGUACGAAAGAUAUUUCUGGAGAGACCGAACGUCACUAACCAUAAAGCGCUGUGAGUUUUAUCCCUUAAACAGUUUAAAUUCGUUUAUAGACCUAAAUACAAAAUGACAGACUACUGAUGAGUUGAGUUCGGAUGACAGAUUUGCGUGAGAGGGAGUGUCUGAGCGCGCGCUCCUCUCUAACACACACAGCACUCAAUACGAGCCUCACGCGCAUCCAGUAGCCUACAUUCAGCCGCGCAACGAUCAACACACAUUUACGUGAUUGUCCUUUGUGAAUAUGAUGUUCAUGAGGAAGGUCUGCUGCUUUCUGCUCUGUUGUGUUUUUGAGGCGAGCGUUGCGCGCAGGACUGAAGAAGCGGAGACUUUGGAAAAGACUGAGAGCGCGCGCUGCGUCUCGCGCUGCCUCACACUUCACAUCACGCAGAUCACAGCUUCAUUCAAACACCUGCAGAAUGACCAUGUUUUGGGUUGGUGUGAGAACCACAGGAGAUGUUCACAGUGCCUACAACCAUGCAAGGAAUUAUGGGAUACAAGACAAGCCCUGUCUCCCAAGACCUGUGAGCAUCACGAGUGUGUGACCAGUGCUGAGUUUCUACGAUCACUGCGGACACAGAAGCAGGGAGACUGUCCUCCGCCCCAGAGGGCAUCAGGUUUCGCUGCAGCCUGCGUGGAAGGCUGUGCGAUUGACCACGAGUGCUCUGGCUUCAAAAAGUGUUGCUCAAACGGAUGUGGCCACACCUGCCAGUCCCCGGCCAACCUUUACAAAGGAGUCCCUUUGAAGCCAAGAAGAGACAUUUCCUUUUCAGAAGACCAGUACGGCCAUCUGAAGGUGACAUGGAUGUCCAAGUUUAACGUCUCUGUUGAGCCGGUUAUUUAUAUUCUUCAGAGGAGGUGGAAUCAUGGGAUUCACCCCAGUGAGGACGAAGCAUCGGCCUGGCAGACUGUUCUCAUGACCAUGGAGGACCGCUCCGUGUUGAAGGACAUCCGGCCCCACAGGUGGUACCAGUUUCGAGUAAGUGCGGUCAACAGUCAGGGCACAAGAGGCUUCACCACUCCCAGCAAGCAUUUCUUUUCUGUACGAGAUCCGUUUCCCCCAGAGACCCCACAGAAUGCCAGAACAAGGAACCAGACGGUUCACCCUGACGGCACGGUGAGUGUUCUGGUCCUGUGGGAGGCCCCCAGGGAGAGCGACUUGGUGGUCCACCAUUACAAGGUGACCUGGAACACUCGAGGAACACCCCCAACUAGCCAGAGCCGGGCUGGACGGGUCACAGAUGGGGAUGUAACAGAGAUGGAGCUUCAUGGUCUACAGCCAAACACACACUACACAGCACAGAUUCAGGCCAUCUCUUACUGGGGUCAGAAUCGACUCAAAAGCAGCCGAGCUCACCUCUCCUUCAUCACCGCUGCUGCCACCACAUCCUCCUAUGGGAAUGACCAUCUUUCUGGGGAGUUCUCUAAUGAGCUUCCAAUAUCCCACUCCUCUCCCAGUAUCCUGAGGCUAGAGGCAGCCGCCCCUCAUUAUCACGACAACCAACUGCAAGUCAAGGUCUUCUGGAAGAGCCGAAUCCAAGAAAGCCAAAAGGAUUCCAGUUCAUAUGUUCUGAGAUGGUAUCCUGAAGUUUGUGCCAAUAACGUAACGAAAGGCGAGAAAACAGCCACGGUUCAGGUGUGUCUCAUCAGUUUACAAUGUCACAUACUUUCUUUGCUAAGAUUGUCUAAAGAGGCCAUUCUUUUUUUAAGAUCAAGUGAAAUGUGGAAAUUUCCCUGUGGUGUAACAGUGUAAACUGUUUUAAUGACCUCUGCUCUGAUUGACUUACCUCUUUAUAUGUGAUCAUCCAGUGGUGGACAAAGUACACAAAUGAAGUACUUGAGUAAAGGCCUGUCCACACCAAGAACAACAACUAUAAAGAUAACAAUAACAAUAAAUAUAUUAGCAUCCUCAUCAGCGCCCAGAAUC